GCUGAUAUUUGUUACAGAGCCGAGUACACGCUGUAUAUGAAAUGAUAAGACGUCAAAAAAAAUCCAAAAAUAGUACCACCCGUCCACCGGAAAAUGAGGACGGUUUCAUUUACAAACAAAAUCCACUUGGUAAAAUAUCAUUCGUUCAAGUGAUAGCAGUGACCGGUUCCUUUCUUCGUGAGACCCUACUUAAGAUUCAGAAUAUCAGACUUGAAUCUCAAAGUGAAUAAGAAUAGCAACCCAGAGAGACACUGAAAGAAGAAUCCGUUGUUAAACGGUAAUGCAUCAGAAAGGUCGAGCAUUCAACCGAAGAUCAAGGAGCUUUUCAAGAUCUCGCAUUGCUGUUGAGGGUUCUUAGUUUUGCUUAACCAAAAACCCCAAAAAAACCUUAAUAAAAUUCCAUUUCCUCAUCUGUUGUUCCUGUUUUUGAUUACAUUUCUUUCUAAACAAUCAAUCAAGCGAUAAUGGAGGCUCAUGGUGAUGAACGUGAAAUUCAGAAGAGCUACUGGAUCGAGCAUUCUGUUGAUUUAACAGUUGAAGCUAUGAUGCUUGAUUCUAAAGCUUCUGAUCUUGAUAAGGAAGAGAGACCUGAAGUACUCUCACUGCUCCCAGAUUUCAAAGGAAAAUCUGUGUUGGAGCUAGGUGCAGGUAUUGGUCGCUUCACCGGUGAGUUGGCUAAGGAGGCUGGUCAAGUGAUAGCGUUGGACUUCAUUGAGAAUGUUAUCAAGAAGAAUGAAGCCAUCAACGGUCACUACAAGAAUGUCAAGUUUAUGUGUGCUGAUGUAACAUCUCCUGAGCUGCAAAUUUCUCCAGGAUCCAUAGAUCUUAUAUUCUCAAACUGGCUUUUAAUGUAUCUCUCUGAUAGUGAGGUCGAGAAGUUAGUUGAAAGGAUGGUCAAAUGGUUAAAGGUUGGUGGCCAUAUUUUCUUCAGGGAGUCGUGCUUUCAUCAAUCUGGAGAUUGCAAGAGAAGAAACAAUCCGACUCAUUACCGCGAACCUAGAUUUUAUACAAAGAUCUUUAAGGAUUGCCAGAUGCAUGAGGGAUCUGGGGAUUCUUUUGAACUAACUCUUUUAAGCUGCAAAUGUAUUGGAGCUUAUGUCAGAAGCAAGAAAAAUCAAAAUCAGAUUUGCUGGCUAUUCCAGAAAGUUGCUUCGGAUAAAGACAAGGAUUUCCAGCGUUUCUUGGAUAAUGUGCAGUACAAAUGUAAUGGCAUAUUGCGCUACGAACGUGUUUUCGGAGACGGUUAUGUGAGCACAGGAGGGAUUGAGACAACAAAGGAAUUUGUUGAAAUGCUGGAACUUAAGCCAGGACAAAAAGUCCUUGAUGUAGGAUGUGGAAUUGGGGGAGGUGAUUUUUACAUGGCCGAAAACUUCGACGCUGAGGUUGUCGGCAUUGAUCUCUCUGUCAAUAUGGUUUCUUUUGCUUUAGAGCGUGCAAUUGGGCGUAAAUGCUCAGUUGAAUUUGAGGUUGCUGACUGUACCAAAAAGACAUACCCAGAUGAGACUUUUGAUGUGAUCUACAGCCGUGACACGAUUCUCCACAUUCAGGACAAACCAGCCUUGUUUAGGACCUUUUUCAAGUGGCUGAAACCAGAAGGUAAAGUUCUUUUCAGUGAUUACUGCAAAAGUCCCGGACCUCCAUCAGCUGAAUUCGCAGAGUAUAUUAAGCAGAGAGGAUAUGACUUGCAUGACGUGGAGGCAUAUGGUCAGAUGCUUAAAGAUGCUGGAUUUGUUGAUGUAAUUGCCGAAGAUCGAACUGACCAGUUUACGAAAGUUCUUCAAAGAGAAUUGAAUGCUGUUGAGAAGGACAAAGAGGAGUUUGUUGCCGACUUUUCUGAGGAAGACUACAACGACAUUGUAGGUGGCUGGAACGCAAAGCUUGUUAGGACUGCAGCGGGUGAGCAGAGGUGGGGCCUGUUCAUUGCCAAAAAGAAGUGAUUCGCUAAUAUAGCUAUUCUAUCUGGUGUGCUAUAUGUUUUUUAGUAGCUUUUAUCAUAAUCAAGUGAUGAAAUGGCCAGUAUUGGUCCUGCCCGUAUUUGAAUGUGUACUGAACUGCUGUGUUAUUAAAAUUAAUAAACAUGGACUCUACCAUGAAUGUUUUCCUUUAAUUAAAUAGGUUUCACCUA